CGUGAUUUUUACGAAAUCUCCUCGACAAAAACGGCGCUAAAUCAACAGAUCCAUCUUAGCUGAUGCUUUAUCGUAUUGGAUUUCUCAUUUGGAAAUAAUUAAAUUUCCGCGAAAAAUGAACGAAAACAAAGCAAUAUCAGAAAAAGAGCUUUUAGACGCCAUGAAAAACCUUUUGAAAAAGAGCGGUGAUCUGAAUAAAUUUCAGGCUGAGGUCCGAUCUACAAUAAUUCAAGUGCUGCAAGAGAAUUUGAACGGCAGUAAGAAUUUUCCAAAACCACCAGCAGAGGUGGAUUUAAUAAAUGAACUGAUCAAAGAGUAUCUUCAAUGGAAUGGGUACUUGUAUACUGCGUCUGUCAUGACCUUGGAAGCCAGCUUACCAGAUGCAAAUAAGAGCAGAGCAGAGUUGUGUGCGGAGGUAGGAGUGAAGGACGACGAAAAAUCAUCAGCAUUACCGCUGCUAUCAAAUAUUAUCGCCGCAUACACGGAGCGCAUAAAACGGAAGAUCAGCAAAGUGAAAAACGAUACAAAGUAAUAAUUCACUUUUAUAUUUCCCUCUUUUAUAUUCCUAAUACCGAUGUAAUAAAAAUAUUUCUUGAUAAAUAAAAUACAUAAGUGU